CUAGCCUCUUGCUAAAGAAAAAAAACUUGUUGAACUGUAGAUAAUCUUUAAUUUCGUAAUGUCGGAAUGUAAAAUUAUGAAGCUGGAAAUAUAUAAUGCAAUUGUAGAUGAUUUUUCUAUGCUAACUUCAUUCAGCCGAAGGGCUGAAAAUGAACUAAAGAAAAAAUACAACCAGUUACCACCAUCUACUUUGGGAAGCAUUAUAUCAUUGUUAGUUCAGAGAUCCAUGAAACAGAGCUAUAGAAAAUCCCCAGUAAUCUCAAGUAAAUAUCAUGAUUUGUAUGAAGAACUCAUGACAGACAAAAGUAAAGGAAAUGUCAUUAUGAAGCUUUCAGAUUGUCAAGGCGUAAGCCCUGCUUUAUUUGCAAGAUCACUAUUACAGAAUGUAUAUUCCGAUUCAGCUAUGGCCAAAAAAUGUAUAAAAGAUACAACUCUUAUAGAGGAUAAGGAUCUAGCCUAUCAAGUAUUUAUGGGUAUUAUGAAUGAUAAUCAAUAUGGACCAUAUGCAGACAUUAUAAAACAAUCUAUUGGCCUCGAGUAUGAGUUGAGGCUAGAACGAGAACUGAGAUUAAUGAAUAUCACAUUUUCUGAUGAAAAUAUACUCAGAUCCCGUGGAUAUGACAAAACUCCAGAUUUCAAAUUAGAUGUACCUAUAGCAGUGGAUGGUUUCAUAGUAAACUGGGUUGAAAGUAAAGCUUUAUUUGGUGAUGAAGAAAAUCACUCUGGGUAUUUGAAGGAACAACUAUCUUGCUACUGGAACAGGUUUGGGCCUGGUUUAGUAAUAUAUUGGUUUGGAUAUUUAGAAACCUUAAAUUCUAAACCAGAAGUUAAUAACAUGUUCAUAUUACGAACUAACUUUCCAGAAAAAGCAAGUAUUACACAGUAUAGAAUUGAUUUAUAAAAAAAUCUUGA